UGAAAACCUUAGUGAACAGAGGAGAUGGACCGGAGCCGUUAAAGUGAGCUGAAAUGACCCAUCCUCACCUGAACGCCUCUUUACGGUAGUACAGGUGGAUUUAGUGCAUACGUGUGUACAGUGUGACGCAGGUUGGUUUUAGUUUUGUUGUGUCGUCGUCGUGUUUUUGACAGAAGUAGUAUGAAGGCUCACAACAGUGAGGUGGAAGUGUUUGUCCGGAUCAGACCAACGGCAAACUUCUGCCAAGACCUCAUUGAAUGUCUCCCAGACGGACAGACAGUAAACAUCAAUCACAGAAAAGACUCUAAGAAGCCCCAGGACUCCAGGAAAAGUCAGCAGAGCUCCUGGUCAUUCCGGCUGAAAGGUGUCCUGCAGGAUGUAUCCCAGGAGGAGCUGUAUGCCAGAGUGUGCCAACGGGUGGUACUGGGAGCACUGGAUGGCUAUAAUGGUACUGUGAUGUGUUUUGGGCAGACAGGUGCAGGAAAGACCUACACCAUGACAGGAUCCACAGAAUCAUACAAGCAGAGAGGCAUCAUCCCUCGGGCCCUUCAAGAGGUGUUUCAGGAGAUGGAGAAAAGGACUGAGCACGCCUUCUCUGUGCACCUAUCCUACCUGGAGAUCUACAAUGAGACCCUGGUGGACCUGCUGCCAUCACUGCAAGGCUCUCAACACCCGUCUCAUCGCAGCAUGGUGGUGAUGGAGGAGCCUGGCAGAGGGGUGACCAUCAGAGGUCUGUCUCUGCACGCUGUCCACAGUGAGGAGGAGGCUCUCAAUCUGCUGUUUGAGGGUGAGAUGAAUCGCAUUAUUGGAUCGCAUGCCUUGAACAGGAGCUCCUCCAGGUCCCACUGUAUCUUCACUGUGCAUAUAGAGUCUCGCUCACGGACUCUGUCUGAUGCCAAGUACAUCACCUCCAAGCUGAAUCUGGUGGAUUUGGCUGGGUCAGAGAGGCUGGGAAAGACUGGGUCAGAGGGUCAGAUGUUAAAGGAAGCCAUGUACAUCAACAAGUCCUUGUCCUUCCUGGAGCAGGCCAUCCUGGCCCUGGCAGACCGUUGCAGAGACCACAUUCCCUUUAGACAGACUAAACUCACUCAUGCCCUCAAAGACUCACUGGGUGGGAACUGCAACACUGUGCUCGUGGCCAACGUCUACGGUGAGGCUGCACAGAUAGAAGAAACACUCUCCACUCUUCGGUUUGCUAGCAGAAUGAAGUGUGUCCGUACAAACCCUGCUGUUAAUGAACACAUGGAUCCAGCAGCUCAGAUCAAGAAACUCGAGAAGGAUGUACAGAUGCUGAAAGAGGAGCUGUCCAUCUACAAUACAUUGACGAAGCGGCCGAGCAUCACAUAUGAGCCACUGUCUGAAGCCCAGCUGGCUGAGAUCCGCAGCCAGGUUCGGAGAUACCUAGAUGGGAGCCUGGAGGAAAUCAGAAUUGUAAGUAUCAGGCAGGUCCAAGCAGUUUUCGCCCAGUUCAAGCUCGCUGUGCAGGAGCAGGAGCAGAAGGUGAAGGCUCAGCUAUGUCGGACCUACAACUUGGUGGAGAAAGACCAAAGUGCUACAACAACUGCUGUCAAGAAGUGGGAUACCAGAGGCAGCACUGAGAAUGUGGAGGCUGGCAGCUUUGAGGUGUCUGCUCAGUCACCAAGAAACACCCAUCGCCCAAAUUCGACCAAAACCAAAGCUAAAAAGUCUAGGGAGAAACAGAGCCAAAACAGGAGACUGGGAGAGGGGAGUCCGGUUUUACGGAAGCAUUUGGAGAGUGCCUCCAAAUCAAAGCUGAACUCUGUCCAGACACCAGAGAGAGAACAGGAGUCACAAGAACCAGACACAGAGAGCCAGGAGACACAGGAAUCACAACCGCCUGGCAACGAACCCUUCCACCCUGACUCUCCUCCAUCCAAAGCAGAAGCCUUUGAGGAUUUUAAAUUGGGACAAGGCAGCAAGAUCAACCACAUCUUUAAGGAGAACAAGGCUGUGCUGUUGGAACGCCGCAGUCUUCUUCAGCAGCUCACUGAGGAGGUCAACAUGAUCAAGAGAGAGAUCGACUGCAUCACGGCCUUCAUACAGCAGCGCCAAGAAACAAGAAGGGGCCAAGGUCAGUAUUUGGUCAUGGAGGGGGAGCCAGAUGCCACGUCAUUGAUGCAGCUCAAAGAGCUAAAGGCCCUGUACCGACAGAGAUAUGGGGUUCUGUGUGACAUCAAGGCAGAGGUUAACUACUGUCAACACCUUGUGGAUCAGUGCAGGGUGCGCCUGCUCUCUGAAUUUGAGAACUGGUAUACAAAGUCUUUCCUGGUACCUGAGGAGGAGGAGCUGGACAUAACUAUGAACAAGAUGCUUAAACAAAGGGAGGAUAACCAGCUGCAGUAUGAGCCUCCUCCUGACUGCUCCAGCUCUGAGUCCUUCUAUAAUGCCCGCAACAGAGUGCUGAAGAGGAGGAAUAGCAGAGCAGUGUCCUCUACCCAAGUGCAGAGGACCUUGUCUGCUGCGUCUGGACAGAGAAGACUUCUUCCAGUUCUACCUGUUAGAUAAGUGAGUUUACAAGUGACCUACAGUGUCCA